UACUAUUAAGACUUCUGAUUGUGUCUAGUUAAACAUGUUAUUACUUACCAGAUUAGGUUUUUUUUACUUUUAAAAUAUGGGUGAAACUUCUUAAAAGUUAAAAAUUUAAUUGAGGUUUAACUAUAAUGUACGUCACAAUAUUUAAAAAAAAAAUGAAACUGGUGCAGAUAAACACAAUGUCUAUAAUAUGUUGUCAUUUUGUCAAUUUUUAAGAUUGGCAUUAAAGAUUUUCAUGCUAAAUUGCCAAUCAUUUAAAAUGACGAUAAAAUAAAUGGUCGGUCAUAUUUAGUGUGUCAUAUUUUGGAACACCUUCUUGAUUUAAUGCUGUACGCAUAUUGAAAAGUAGUCCCAGGAGGUGGCAGUAAUAACACAUUGCAAAAGAUGCCACAAAAGAAGCGAGGUAGAUGUUUCUGAUAGAAUGUUUAAUAUUUAAACUUAUAUUAAAUUAAUAUAUAUAAAUACUAAAAUAUUUACAGUGGAAUAUUUGGAGAAUGUGAAGUAAAGUGAAUGAUGGUUUUCCUAAUUACGGUUAAGGAUUCAAAGUGUGUCAUGGAGCCUAAUUGAUCAGCAAAGCUAUUAGCAAGCUAGCUGUACGCUCGCUAGUUGAAAUAUUUUUGUCUUUAUGAUGACUAAAUGCAUUUCACCUUACUAAUUCUUAAAACAAAAACACAAAAAUAUACCUAAAGAGAUGAUUUUUUUGUUUCUGCUAACUGGUCCUCAAUGUUUUUGUGUGUAAUUAUCCAUGCGGUUCCUUUGAAUUCCACACAGGAAAUAGUAUAAAAAAUAUUUUUUUUGUAAAAGAGUAAUGUAGUGAAACGCUGCCUUGUGAAGUUUGACCUUCCAUUUUUUUUCAAAUGCAAAUAAAGAAUGGUCACAAUGUCAAAUUUUAUGAUUUCAGUCACCAGUUAAGAUCAAACAUUAGCUGUAAAGAAAAAUGUGACCGGUGGCAAAUCACGUGAAAGGGACACUAAGCCAGAUUAUAAUCUAACUGAGAUCCACUGUAUCAUUAACAAUUAUUUAGACAAUCCAAAUAAUGUUUUAAAGUAAUUGCAAGAUUAUUUUUUUAAAUCAUAUUUUUUCAAUGGACUUUGGUACUGAAGCGGAAUGUGUAGAAACAUUUCUGGUCAAUGUGAGAUUUAAAGCAAAUAUUUGCAGUGGAAGGAUUGCCAUUUUUUUUAAUCUGCAUAGCAUUUUGGUAUUGAAUCUUUUCUAUGUUUUAUUCUGUAUAAUAAUCAUUUCCUCCUAAAUUCCCACAGUGAAAAAAGUUGAAUCCUUUGCUAUUGCUAUUUCGAAAAGAUCAGUACAUUCCGCCGCUAACUCUGUGUGCUGUGUUCAGCUGUGCCACUGCUGUUGAAUGUUGUCAGGGGUCCCGAGCGCCUUCCUGCAACUCAACAAUAUCAGGAAACACUGCUGAGGAAACUACACACUUUACAGAGUGACAGCACCAAGGUCAACACUUUGUUUGCGGAACUGUGUGCUCAUGUCACCUCCAUCAACAGUGAAGAAAAAGUUAUUAUCAUCGGCUUUGAAAACUUUGAGGAAAUAUGGAAGUUUUGCACGUAUUAUAGAGUUUUGUGGGUCAUUGUCUGGAACAUUUGCUGCUUGACGACCAACUGUGGCUUGAAUCUUUCGAAGAGGACAUUGCAAUUGACGUGUCUAUUCCAGAGGAAACACUAAACCGUGUCUAUACAGGCCUCCUCAUGCAAGAAGGUUCAUUGUUUGCCUACAGUAGUGCCAACCAAAUGUUUGACAGCUCCACCUCUGGUAGGGACAUCUAUCUGGAGCAGGGAGACUUGGCCCAAUUUGAGCCUCCCUUUCUCGAUUCGGGUUGGACCGUCCGCAGCCUGUCUGAUGGAACCCGCGGCACAGCCCCGAAUCCAGCUCUGAAACCAGUUGAUCCUUUUCAUCAAUGGUUCCUUAAAUCCUGUGCUGAGGCAGUUUUAAUUGGAGAAUGGAAAGCUGAGAUAACCUGUCCCCUGCAGUUUGCUCAUGGAACAUGUUUAGCCACCGUGGAGUAUGAUGCUGAAGGUCCAUUUGAGCUGAGCCUUGCACAGGGCAAUCUUAUUGUUAUUGUGGGGCACAUGAUUUCUGGUUUUGACUGGUUCAUUGGCAGGAAAGAAAUGACAGGGGAAGUGGGUCUGGUAAAGACGAGCCAUGUUAAACCAACUACUGACAGUGUUGAGACAACAGAUGUUUUCCUGGAGAACAACGAGGGGAUGUUUCCCAACCCACAACAGGACGACAUCAAAAAGAAGGCAGUGGCCAUAUUGAAGAAGAAAUCUCAAAACAAUGCUGCUUGUGAUUAUAAACUAGAUAAAGUUAAUUACACUGAUUUUGAGAAGAACCAGUCAGGCACUACCUCACAUAAAGCUGAUACUCAGCGGAUUGAAGGACUGAGAGAAAAAAUGCAGACAAUACUAAAACAACCAAAGAGUUGCUUAUCAGAUAUUACUUCAGCUGAUAUAAGUCUGAAGGACUCAGUCAUGCUUACUGAGCCGGAAACAAUCCCUCCAUGUUUCACUGUUCACCCGAUUCUAGAGGAAAACAACAGUAACAGUAAGAUUUUAGCUCCUCUUUUGUCAUUUCUGGAUGGAGCAGACUGCAAAGUGGAGUUUGGUCUCCUAUACCAACUUAACCCAGAAGUCCUCACUUCCUCUAUAUUCUGCGGUCACUCCUGCGAGGAUGAGCUCAUUUCCUUUCUGUCUGUUGGAAGGGAAAUGGCCAGAAGGAAAAAAAUCCUGUGGUCACAGACUCGCCUGUGCUUUUUAUUGGGUAAAAUCUGUGCAGGAAGGUCCAAGUUCAGCCAGGCCAGGGUUUAUUUUGAAGAGACUCUCAGGGUUCCGCAAGAAUGCUUCCGGGAUUUUAAGCUUUUGGCUAGCACCUACUACAACUUGGCUACUGUAUAUCUGUUGCAAAAGAAUAUGGAAAGCUUUUCGGCGCUGAUGGAGAGGCUUGUUGCCUUGAUAAUGGGAAUUCCUACGUGCCUGGAGUGUCUGAAGGACACUUUAGUUCUUCAAUACUUCCUUAAGAAGGCAGUCUUUUAUAACAACAAAACCGCUGAGGCCCGGGCCUGCUGUCUGCUGGCAAAGCACCACUGGACUUGUGCUGAGAAAGUAGUCCCAUAUCUUGAGAGGCUACUUGUCCUCGGUGCUGAAUCUGAGCUACCAUGGAAUGUCUCUCUUAGUCAAGGAUACCUGACCCUAGCACAUUUUUACCAGGAACUUGGCCUUCUCCACCUCAGCACCUCUUCAGCAAGGAAAGCUUCUCAGCAACCGACUACUGCACUUAGUGACUGUCUUGACAGUAUGAUUCUAGUCCUGGAAAAUGUGGAUAAGCUACAUGGUACAAUCCAACAGGCAUUCAUUCCAUCACAAGCACUUCCAUUUUUAUACAAAGCCCUGUCUUUCGCGCUGACUGAACAGGAAGGGGGCAGCAACAACCACGUUCUGAGCCAUCAGCUUGCGUUUUGUCUGAGCAAGCAGUUUUAUAAGCACAGAAUGUUUGAUCGCGCCAUCGACCACAUGAAUGUUCUUUGUAGGGACGGCUUACCAUUAUACCAAAUCCCAGUGUCUGAAACAGAAAGCAACAACGUCCUUCUGUGGAUGGCAUGGUUACAUAUUGACAACAACCAGCCCAGUCUUGCCUUGGAUAUAUUGGACUUGGUCCUAUCUUCCAUUCCAGAACACUGCACAACACCUCAAGAAGGUGUGAUCCUUAACCUGCAAGGUGUGGCACUGUGCAACUUGGGUUACCUGCGGAAGGCGGCGGAGAGCUAUCAGGCAGCUGUUGACAUCUGCCAAGAGUACGAGGAUCUGGCAAACUGGGCCGUGGCUCAGGGAAACCUGGGCUUGUUGUCUCUAAAGGCUGGGGCCAAAAAGCUGGCAGAGAGACAUCUAACUGAGGCUGUGCAGCUCUUUUCAGAGCUGGAGGGAGAAGGCCAUGAGGCAAACUUCAUCGGCGUGUUGCUCGAACUGGGUCGGCAUUUUGUGAAGCAGAGGGAGAUUCACCAUGGGAAAGGGUGUUAUGAGUGGGCUCUGCUGCUGGCUGUCAAAGCAAACCUUUUUGACUGUCAGCUUUCUGCAACCAGGAUUCUAUGUCAUCUGUACAAAUACGAUUGUCCGGAUCAGACUCGGUGUAUCAUCUACAAUGAAUACCAAAUCCAUUUGCUGAGACACUUAAAAGACCAAAUACAGGAGAGUGAAGUACUGGAAAUCCUGAGUGAGAUCUACCUUAACCUGGGAACAGAAAGAGCAUACCGAGCAGCUCUUGAUUGUACGAAAAGCUCCUUGGGUAUCUUCAUCGACCUGGGCCUUAAGAAGAAGGAGGCAUAUGGAUGGCUGCAUGCUGGGAAGAUUUAUCACCUGUUGGGACAUAAUGAACUGGUGGACCUUUAUGUUCAGGUUGCUCAGGAAGUUGCCCUGAAAAUAGGAGACACCAGCUUCAUCUUGAAGUUUCUGGAAACCGCAGGAGAUAUUUUCUUGAACAGCUGCAGAGACAGGGAUAAGGCCAUAACCUUCUACAGGGAGCGUGCGCUGCCCAUGGCAAUAAAGCAGAGCAGCAGUGUUCACACCACACUCAGACUGUGUAAUAAACUGACCGUGGUGAUGUUCAGUCUGAAUCUGUAUAAGGAAGCUCUUGAGUUUGCACAGAUGGCACUGGAUCUCAGUAUCAGUCAAGGUGAGCAUCUGAACCAACGAGUGGCCUACCAUCGCCUUGCAUCUCUCUACCACCGUCUGGAGCAAUAUGAACUUGCUGAACACUAUUACCUAAAGACACUGACACACUGUCCAACACCUAUGCAGUUUGAUGAGGAAACGCUCUACUAUGUCAGGGUUUACCAAGUCCUCGGAGACAUGAUAUUCUACGACAUGAAGGAUCCGUUUGAUGCUGCAGGCUACUACCACCUAGCUCUGGCUGCAGCUAUGGACCUUGGAAACAAGCAUGCUCAGCUGCAGCUCUGCACACGCCUGGCCACCAUCUAUCACAACUUUCUCAACGAUAGAGACCUGUCGCUCUUCUUUUACCAGAAGGCAAGAGCAUUUGCCGCAGAGCUGCAUGUCAGAAGGACUGACAUUUCACUAUUCAAGCAGUACAGCAGCACGUCAGUGUGUACAAUCAAGGAGGAACAGAAGUAAAACUAAUUGUUAUGGUCUUUUUACUGUCUAUGGUUGUCAUUUUAAAUGAAUGACUUUAAUACAUUUACAGCGUGCAAUGAAGUGUGCAUCAAUUAGAAGGGUUUUGUGCUAUAGUUGUUUAUUUUAAGGGCAGUCAACGCAGCACGCUUAAAGGAAUGCUAGCUGACAAGUAGACUGAAACGACAAAGGUGUUAACAGUACUAAAACAGUCACCGCUAUCAUUGUAGCUGUUAAAGAAGUGACAUUUUCUGGCUUAGAGAUGGUUGUAUGAAGACAUAGAAUUGGGUCAAGGCACUUUAUCAUGUUUCAUUAUUGCCACAAGUUGUGUGUUUUAAUGCAUUUAGGGCAUUUAUUUUUGUGAUCAAGUGGUAAGAGGAUCAGGCUUGUUAUAAUAGGAAGGCAGGUUCGAAUCCUUUCCAGGUUAUGGUAUGUAAAACAAACAUCAAAUAAUAAUAGUGUCCACUGUUCUUAGAGAUGGGAGGACAUUUUUUGCGUACAAGGUUAUGUUAUGUACAAUGUCCAAUAAAGCUUAUUCUUUUUCUAA